UAACCUAGCCACCCACCCACUCGACCUCCUAUUCUGCCGGCGGCGGUCGGUCGCUGCAGGCUGCAUCUAGUUUGGUCCUAGCGUAGCCGCGGAGGACCUCCAGGCGGCGGGGCACCUUCGUUUCGUCGCUCUCUCCUCUGCAUCAUUCCAUUCCUGGAGGUCCAAGUCGUCCUCUCCUUCCUCGCUCGCCGGUCAAGAUCUCCACUUCGCACUCGCGGGCAUCCUCGGGAGAGCAAACAAGAAGAAGAAGAAGAAGGACUGGACUGCCGUGUAGGUGUAGUGAAGAUCCCUUUGACCAGUAACGAACGAAUCCAUAUCUGCUGCUUGCCGUGAGGGAUGGCCGGAAGCGGCCUGUGGGUAGUUGGAUUGGCUUCCCUUCUUGCACUCCCUGGGAUAUUCGUCUCCGUCUCCGUCGAGGCCAGCCCGGGAGAUGCUGAUCCGCACUACAGAACUUGUGUGGGGGAGUGUCAGAAUACGGGGAUUAUUGGAGGCAACAUCAUCAGUCACUGUCAGUCCCGAGAGAACGACAGCAUAUCUGCUGGAAGUUCUUGGUACACACAGGAGGCUCUUCGCGUGCAGUGGAAGCAACUAAACUGUAUGACAGACUGCCGCUACUACUGCAUGAUGCGAAGAGAAGAGGAACGGCGAUUAGGUGGGCUGAGCCCUAUUCAAUAUCACGGAAAAUGGCCCUUCAAACGUGUUUCUGUCUUCCAGGAACCCCUUUCAGCUGCACUGUCUGCUCUCAACCUAUUGAUGCACUUCACUGGCUGGCUUUCGUUCUUCCUGCUAGUGAAAUACAGAUUACCUCUUAGACCUCAGACGAAGAAGACGUACUACGAAUACACUGGCUUAUGGCAUAUCUAUGCAAUAUUAUCAAUGAAUGCAUGGAUCUGGAGCUCUGUAUUCCAUACCAGGGAUAUUGACUUGACUGAGAAAUUGGAUUACUCUUCAGCUGUGGCCGUACUUGGCUACUCUUUAAUCCUUACACUGCUAAGAAUUUUUAAUGUCAAGGAGGGGGCUACCAGGGUGAUGUUUGCUGCACCUAUUCUAGCAUUCGUCACAACACACAUCUUGUAUCUAAACUUCUACGAGCUUGACUACGGAUGGAACAUGAAAGUUUGUGUGGCGAUGGGAGUGGUUCAAAUUGUCGCAUGGGCAAUCUGGGCUGGUGUGACCCAUCAUCCGUCACGGUUGAAGCUUUGGGUCGUUGUGUUUGGAGGAGCUCUAGCUAUGCUUCUUGAGGUGUUUGACUUUCCUCCAUACAAGGGGUAUGCCGAUGCGCACUCGCUGUGGCACGCGAGCACCGUUCCCCUCACCUAUCUUUGGUGGAGCUUCAUUAAAGAUGAUGCACAGUUCCGCACCUCCACACUCACACUGGUUAAGAAGGCCAGGUGAAUUAAAGGUCAUUAUGUUGUUCGGUUCUCUCAAGGCAACACAAGCAAAACCUCGGUAUGCUCAGUAUUCCCUGGGUUCGAUCAGGACGACAAAUCAUUCGUCUUUGGGUGUCACGGUUUUGGUCUGCAAACUCAGCUUCUCGUUUCUGCGGCUCUAGCCCUCCAGACUUUUGUUUUGAUCGAUAUGAGGAAUAGUUGUGUAGAAGAAAAAAUGACAUUAUCUUUUUCCGUGCCUGUUGAGACAGUUGAGCCUGUGAGUUUCAAUAGAAGCUUAUAUGAAGCUAAGCAUUGCAGAAUGAGCCGUCAGAGAUGAUGAGAUAUUUGUAGGGAAUGUGUGCUGAUUUCUUCAUAGGACUGCUUGUUUCUAUGACACUUUUAUAUCUCAGAAACUGGCAAAAAGGUAGUAUUUGAGUCUCCCAGUUCA